AUGACACGCUAUCUGACACCGUGGAGGAUCUCUCUGCUGUGCCUGAUAACCGUCUAUACGGAAGGAUUCGUCCCCAACUCGUCCGCCAUCCAUGUGCUCUCGUUCCUGACCGGGGGUCUGUUUCCUUUAGAUCCCGCCGAUAAGCAAUGGCAGAAACACUACCUGUCCAGCAUCGCCGAGCUGGAGGAAGUCCUGUCGGGCCAUGAUUCUUCGGUACCGGGUCGAUCGAUAUGGGAUCUAUUUUUGAGAAAGCUUUGGAGCCUCGAUUCUCUCGAUGCACUCGAAUGGUUCUUUUCCAAUCAUUUGCCGACCCUUCUCACCAAGACGCGUGAACAAUUGCUCCUGGAUCGAGAUAAUGGCCUUGCUCCCGAGACUCAGGGUACGCGCUUGUCCCGCAGCUCGCCGCUUGGUGCGUUUGUGCGCAGAGCUUACCUUGAAUACACCCGGCUGCAGUUUCAUGACUCCGUCAAGUUAUGGUCUGGCUUUGUGAGGUACCGCUUGCCGACAUACCAUGUCUAUGCGCGGAAGAAUCCGCCAGAUAAAAUCAACCCGGUUGAUGCGAAUUUCUCCGAUCAAGACCUGGAUUCUACCAGUCAUCUUUCUCGGGUGGUGUAUGGCAACAUUGAAGAUGAUGAAAGAGACGAAGUUGUGGUCGGUAUUAAGGAUGCCGAGCGCCUGGUGGAAUUUCAGGUUGGAGAACUCCAAAGGUUGGGAGGCAGAGUGCCAGAUGAGAUGCGAGCACAGCUUACGCGCAUCAUGACAUCGGAAGCGUCUGUCCCAGUACUCAUGUACUACCUACAGUCAGUGCUCAAGCAAAGGAUUCUGCACAUUUUCUCCAUUCCGGUAGCUAACCCGCACAGAUACCUCGAUGCUUGGCGAGCUGGUGACUAUACAUCAGCUUUCGACAAUCUACAUCGAUACUUCGACUACACCAUGCACAACAAUCAAGACCGCAGCGCAUAUCAGUUCGCGCUAUUAAACCUAGCCAUCAUUCAAGCUGACUUUGAAUGUUUCAGUGAAGCCAUCUCCGCCGUGCAAGAAGCUGUAGCCAUUGCUCGCGAGUCUCAUGAUAUGAACUGUCUUAACUUCUGCAUGAGCUGGCUUUACCACUUUGGCAAGGCAUUCCCCGAGCAGAUGCGUGAGGUACAGAACAGUGGUAUGCUAGGAAAUGAAAAAGAAGGUCUCGCGUUCCUCAAGGCAAAGUCGAAGGAGACUGAUAUGUGGUCACUCAUGAGUACUACAUUGCUCAGUGAGGCCAAGCUAGAGAUGCAACAGGGAGAGAGCCUUGCAUCAAUUGUUGAAUCUUUUGUCCGAGCCUCUCAUAUCAACGUGACAAAGAACCUGUCAACCCCUACAGGCGCGUACAUGGCGCUGCAGAGCGCCAUGUAUGCUCGGAUAGGUGCUACCCACCUUGCUUGGCUGAAUACCGAGAUCUUCCGCGAGUGUUACACGGAAGGACACCCUUACGACGAUUAUGUCAAGAUCACAUUCAGAAACUGUCAGACUCUGGCACAAAAGGGAAACUACAAAGAGGCCUUCGCACGCAUGAACAAUGUCGAGCCCGAACGACUUCGAGCCAUCAAAUACAACAAUGCCUGGACAUACUACUCCGGGCUCCUGCAACUCAAACGGCAAAUCUGCCGCGACGACAAAGUAGCAGUAGAACACAUCCUCUCCCAGCUCCAAGCCGUGCAACUCCUCGACUUCGACCUCCGCCUCCUCCUCGCCUUCCUCACAAUCGACUUCACAAUCCGCCAAGGCGACUACGGCCGCGCCCUCCAAAUGGUCGAACAAGCCGCCCACACAAUGCAACCCGAAAACUUCGACGUCCACUCCCAAAUCAAACUCCUCUGCCUCAAAGCCCAGAUCCUCGAGAAAUCCGGCCAUCCCGAGCGCGGCUUCUCGCUCGCAAUGCGCGCCGCUUCCAUCGCCUACCGCUCCAAAGUCCUCUUCGACCUCUGGGAAGCUAUCUGCACGCUCGCUGCUGUUCUGCUCAGCCUGCGCGAGUUCGAAGCGACCGUCGAGCUUGUCGAGAGCAUCAUGCCUCAGAUCUUGGAGACGGAUGACUCGGCCCUGGUUGCGCGCGCGUACUCGCUGCUUGUUGAUGCUAAUAUGGGCAUUGCUGGGGAGUUGUGGGCGAGGCUGGGGAAGGAGAGUAUACCCGCCAGGAAGGAGUAUGUGAAUUGUGCGAUUGGGUACAUCGAUUCUGCGUAUGAGGCUUAUGAGGAGAUUGAAGAUAUUCUGGGCCAGACGGAGAUGAUGGCUAAGAAGGCUACUGUUAUGCAUUUGACGGGUGAUCCGGUGUUGGCUAAUGAUUAUGCGGCGAAGUAUCUGGAUCUGAGGAAGCGGAGGGGGUGA